AUGUGGCGCGGUCAAGACUCAAAGGACGCUCCCGAUCCCACUACAAACAUGCACAGUUUUAUGAUGAAGAAAAUGGACGCGAGGAUGGUCAAAAGCCGACUGGCAGUAAGGAUUCCGGUGGUGGCGGAGAUGUCGUGGCCCGUACCGGCACCUGAUGGCGACAUCGAGUGACUACUACUGUGGACUAGACGAGACGCCUGUAGGCAGGGAUUUGUUGGGAUCCUGCAGGAGACACUGAGUAACAAAGAAAAUGACGUUGUUUCGAAGGAGCGAGGAGACGAUGGUUGGGGGGUGGGGGAGGGGGGAAGCCAUGUAACCGGCCGCCGCGGAUCGUGGGGCGGAAGGGAAAAGCGACAGCUAGCUGUGAUUGCAGCGUAGGUUAGCGUGGAUACGUACAUGUGAUUUACAAACACACAGCGUACACCCGCGUGUGAAAAGGCCCUACGCAAUUGCUACAUAGGAGGGCCAUAAGCAUAGAAGCACGGAGAGAUGUGCAACCGAGCGUGCAUGAGCGAUGCUCAUGUGUGAAGCCGGCAUCAGGCCUAUUGAGCCAGAAACGCUACAAUAGAAGGGGGCAGCGCGCCGGCGCGUAGCACGCGCCCACGUGUUAAUCUCCGAGAAGGAAGGUACAUUGAUAUAGUGUAAAUGCUUCAAGUUUGAGGCGUUGUCUGGGAAAAGCAAGUAUUAGCACUCCUCCCUAUUCAAUGAGCUGGGGUAGAAGAAGUGUCGCAUACACAACAGUGGCGGCAGGGGUUCCAGUUUGACGAGCGUUGUGUCCAGACAUUCAAGACUACAGUACCGUAAACGGUACAAGACAACACACCUCCUGGGACCGAUUUUCAAAUCU